CAGAGCCUAGCGGGAAGUGGAUGCUCCAGCCGUCGACGAGAAUCUAGAGAAAGAAGCUUCUUCGCCUGCCGUGGACGAGAAACUGUAUUGUCGAGGGUUUUGGACUCCUCUGUGCACGAACACGCACAAGAUCUGCGAGGUUUCUUGUCACUUCAGUGGGGUUUGAACUUUGCUCAGAGUGAGAAAAUGUCAACUUCAAAACAAGCAGUUAAUGAGACUGCAAAAUGGAGCCAAGCAAAUGUAGACACCCUUAUUGUUCUGAUGGUAGAGGAAGUUAAGAAAGGAAAUAGGACUACUUCGACUUUUAAUAAAGCUGGUUGGAACAACAUUGCCAAUAACUUCAAAGAAAAAACUGGGGUCAACUAUGCCAUUAUACAGUUGAAGAACAAAGUGAACAAACUGAGGCAAGAUUAUAGUCAGUUUAAGAAGCUAUUGGAGACAACUGGUUUUGGUUGGGAUACUGCUUCAAGAACUUGUACUGUUGAUGAUGAAUCCAUCUGGGAAUCGCAUAUUAAGGAUAACCCUACUUGGGCACGAUUUAAGAAGCAUGGACUACCACAAUGGCCAGAACUAUGUAUGGUAUUUGGUGAUACAUAUGCAGAAGGCGAAGGAAGUGGGACUCAAACAACCGUGUUGGAAACUAUGGGGGCCGAUGAUGCUAGGAAUAUGAUUGAGUCUUGUGAUGAGUCAAGUUCAGCUGAUGAAGUUACUCUAUUAGGUGACACUCAAACUGAAGCAAUGGAAAAAAGGCCAGCUACUAAGCAUAGGCAUGAUAGGACUCCAAAUGCGAAAAGGAGGAGGAGCAAGUCUAACGAUUGGUCAAUGGCAUUCAAGGCAAUUCAAGAUAUAAGUAAAUCAAGGGUAGAACGAGAUGCGAGCAUGUCCACUGCUUCAACCCAAAAUGCUGAACAGAUGUACGGGAUUACUAGGGCCAUGGAGGUGCUUGAGUCAGGAUAUGCGUUAGAUGAAGAACUAUACGAGAAAGCACUUCGGAAGUUAAUGGCUGACCCGCAAUGGAGAGAAGCAUUAAUUUCUUGCCCUCCUCAUCGGAAGUCGAUACUCCUUCGUACCCUUCAGUAGUUUGCUUCUUGAAAAGUUCUUUUAAUUAGAUAGAUUGAUGACUCUACUUGGAUUGUGCCUUGACACUACUUUUAACUUUGAUGGUUUGCUAUGUUUUCCUUCACUUUUUAAGAUGUUAUGGAUGACUGUGUCUUGACUUUUUUUUAUAACUGUAGUAUUUGAUGUCCUGAAUAUUUGUUCAUUGUACCUUGAUACUACUUUUAACUUUGAUGGUUUGCUAUGUUU